AUGAGUGCAUAUUUCGUAGAAUGCUUGUCGUCGGAUGUCCCUCUUGUAUUUGAUAUUUUAUUAGAAUGUAUUUUUAACAAUGAUUUCAAUCAUGCAGUCAUUGAAUCGGAAAAACAAGCGGUGUGUUCAGAAAUGUUUGAACAUGAAAGAAAUAUCCAAAAUACUUUGUUUGAUUAUUUGCACUUAUCUGCUUUUCAAGGAACACCCUUAGAACAGACAGUAAUGGGACCGAGUAACAAUAUUUCAAAAUUUAAUGAGAAAUUACUUAGUAAACUUAUAUAUGAAAGGUUCACACCCGAAAAAAUGGUCUUGACAGCGAUUGGCGGUGUCAAUCACCAUCAAAUACAAGACUUAGCAAACAAAUAUUUAAGCAAAUUGGAACAUGUAAAAAUUGAUGAACCAAAUAAAUUUCGAUACACUGGUUCGGAUAUUCGAUAUAGAGACGAUUCACAACCUAUGGCGCACGUUGCAAUAGCGUUUGAAGGACCAUCUUUCCGUGAUGACGAUUAUGCUAUAAUGGAAUUAGCUAGUGCAGUUGUCGGUGGUUGGGAUAAAUCACAACUAGGGGGACUAGGUCAUGGAACACGUGUUGCACGAGCGGCAUCUUAUGAAGGUCUAUGUGAUGCUUACAAGUCAUUCUACAUAUCUUAUAAGGACACCGGAUUAUGGGGUACAUAUUUUAUAGCUCCAAGGUUAAACCUAGAUGAUAUGGUAUCUGUAAUACAAGAAGAAUGGAUGAAACUGUGUACCAUGAUAACUGAUGAAGAAAUUGAGAGGGCCAAGAAUCUGUUAAAGACCAAUUUACUUACGAAAUCUGAAAGCGUUGUAAAAACUAGUCAUAAAAUAGGUCGGUCCAUUUUGUAUUGCGCUUGUAUUUCACCACUCCAUGAGACAAUUAUGGAUAUUGAUAAUAUUUCGUCUAAUGACGUAAAGGCUGUUUGCUACAAGUAUCUUUAUGAUAAAUGUCCAGUAGUUGCGGCUGUAGGACCCAUUGAAGCACUAACUGACUAUAAUAGAAUCAGAAGCAAUACAUAUUGGUUGAGAUUGUAA